AUGGUAUCCGCAUCAGCGAAGUCCGAUCCCCGUUUGAAAAAUCGGGAGGUGCUUACAGAAGAUCUGGGCUGCGCUGCCGUCGUCACUUUACUUCUGGCUGACUGGGAGAAGUAUAGCCUGAGCGAACGCGUUGCCUAUCACUUUCAUCUGACCGAAGCCUUAGCCGAUAGCCACCGCGAGCGGGCGGAUCACAAUCAAAGCAAUGCUCAGCAUCGCCAGUCAGACCCUGUAUGCGGGCUUGUUUCAAUUCUGGAAUGCGUCCCCUCGGUUCCUUGGCAUCGACUGACACGAAAGAAGAAGCGAGCUCUGAAGAAUGAACUUCUGAAUUUCAAUAUAGAAGCACAAACGAUUCGUGAAGAGCAAAAUGUUUACUGUCAUGAGCCGGCGACGUUGCCGUUGCGCUUAAAUCCAACAUCCCGCGUUUAUUUUGUAUAUGAGACGACAAGAAUCGCUUUUUGUGUGGACGCCUCUCCGACUUUGACAAGCACUUUCGGGGCGAGCGACGACGGAUCCGUCUGUCCAAUCGAUCGAAUUGCGACCAUGGCGAAGACAUUUUUCAAAGCACUCGUUGAACCCAUAUCGGUUCCAUCACCAAACAACAAUGGCUUUUGGAGACCGUUGUUGUCUGUGACAGUGAUAGCUGUUUACCCGAGAUUGGGAGGGGACGAGCCUCCGACUAGCUUGCUGGUGAGAGAUUUUCGAAUUACUGGAGAAAAGGCGGUAGACCUACUGGCAGCUCAGAUUCACGAGUGGGCGCUGAAUGAAGUUGAAUUCGAAAUUGCAAAACGCCUCGCGAAUCGGAAAGGAUCAGGGCUGCCGAGCGGAUAUGAUUCUUGGACCAUGCCAUCGUACUCAAGUUCUUUGCAUGACAUUCUCGAAGCUGGUGAUGUCUCUCUCAGCACACUUUCCAGUGCUGGGAGACCCUGUAUUGUCAUUGCUACCGAUGGCCGAUCAGUAGCUUGCGGCAGUGUUAUGGACAUAGUUUCAGACGCGAGCAGAAAUGAUGUGCCUCUAGUCAUCUUGGAUCUCUCCUGUUCGAAAUUGAGUGACAAUUCUAUUGCCGACGACACAACGGGAUAUGCUCAUUUGAUGAAUAGUGAUCCUGGUGGCGCUAACUUCCCGCUACACUUUUCGGACGAUGCAGAAGCUUUGUAUAACGUAUGCAAAGCUACUGAAGGGUGCUUCUUCGACCAGCAAAUGCUGGAACAUGCUGCGACAACGAAGGCAGGUUCCGUUAGCCCUGAUUCGCCCCUUGUGAGCGACGGCUUAUUUGCCUUUAAGCGCCAUACGAUAAAGCCAAAUGCGGUGCAGUGGUAUGUGCUUUACUCGCUUUCACCUCUGACACCAACGUUUCAUGGUUCCUGGGGCAAGCUUGCGCCACCGGAGUGUCUUCGCCAGAAGUUGUUGCGGCCUGGCAGAGAAGAACAGUGGUUUCACCGAAAAGCGGACCAAAGAUUUUUUUCCGCCGCAAAGAUCAAUGAGCCCAAUCAAAAUGAAGGGAGUCUGAUAGAUCCUCUCUUUAGAGGGCAAGAAUUUAUCGAUCUCCCACUGCAACGAAAACACCAAGAGCGAUCAAUGAUCUCGACCUACAUAAUAAACCCCGUUCGCAUUCAAGGAAUUUUACUUAUGAGGGUAAAGGAAGGCUUUCGAGCCCAGCAAUAUGGCCAGAGCACCAAUGACCCCGACAAAGUCUUUAUCCAAUUUACUUUGUCUAUGGAUCAUGGUAUUGUACUUCACUACGAACUUUUGUACAGAGCACUCUCUAGCCAUAAUCACAUGGUAGGGUACGCGAAUAUAAAAGUGGAGAUAUCCGGGAAUUCGUCUUUUAUCCAGGCAAUCAAGGACAACUUCGUACAUCAAGCACAACGUAUCGAUACAGGGGCUAAAGAAGAAAGUUACUCUGCUAGGUUUUGCAAUAUUUUGCGGUGGAUUCGAAACGAGGACAUGCUGCAAUCAUAUCUUUCGCCUACCAGGUGGUCCAAUCAGCUCGCGUCGCCCAGCUCUCCUUUUGUGAAGCGCCUAGGAUCUCUAACCCAGCUUCAACGGCAAAGGCAUUUUCGCUUUGAUCAAUUUGAUUGCGUUUGCGUGGGUAGAAUGCCCUAUGCUCAAGAUGACGGGUUUUUAAGCGAAUUUCGGGAUAUAGACGACGGGGAGAUUGAACUGAGGUUUUUUUUUGCUAACUGGGCUACACAAUGCGUUGUCGCAAGUAAACGAUUCGUAAGAAGGAUGGAAACAUCAGAGAAGACACUGACGAGCUAUUGUGUCAUAGAAUUGUCUCGGUCUGAAAGUGCGUCACGAUUGUAUACUGUAUCGGUUGAGACCUUUGGAAGUCGCGGUGCGAGCGAUCGGUUGGCGCUUCUUUCUUCGCUCAAGAACUCUUUGGGUUCACUUCGGGAUGUCCGAGUGUUAAGGAAACAGAUUGGGCAGUUCCUGGUUGGUAUAAAAGAACGACAGACACCUAGUCUUUUUAUGGAAAAAUCGCAAUUGCUGGAGUCUCAACACAGCCACGCGACGUGGGACCUAGUGAACGACCCUGAACUUCUUCCGCUCUUGAUGAGACGAAGAACUGAGAUAGGUAAUUUUCUGUUAUUGGAAUCAAGCGAUAAUCAUGCACUUUUCGCGAAACUAUCUCCUGAGGAUUACAGCCAAAACAAUUCCAGCGAUCCUGGAGACCUCGUUCAGUACCAGCUUGUGAUACUUGCGGACAAAGUCGUCGUUGAUUUUCAUAUGGAAAGUGAAGGUGGGCGAUUUUUUCCUUUUCGGAACGAGAGUAGAGGCCAGGAGCAAAAUCACACUUCGAGAUUUUCAAAAAUGAUGAAGACGUUAAAAAAACGGGACCAAGAGUGCGGACGUGCUCUUCGGUCGCGAACGUCGUUGCUUCGAGUAUUCGAUAAAUUUAUGGAAGAUGAAAUAGCUGAAGAAUCACACCUUACGUCAGUGGAACGACUCUUGGCCUAUUCAUCCCAAGUUUCUGUUCACCUCCGUUAUUUUGGCACAAACGAAUGCGCAAAUAGUAUUCUUGAGUCUCUAACAAUCGAUUUGCUUCUUUCGUUAUCAAAGGCAAAGGUAGCAAAACUUGUAGUCGACAGUGAUUCAAUGAUCGAAGGCUUGCAGGGAUUCUGGUUCCUCAUUGAAUUCGACAAGCAAACAAUAAGCAUUACCAACUUUGCAAGUACAGAGUCCUUGGUAUUGCAGAAGGAUGGUACCGACAGUCCAUUCAGAGAAGUAACCUUUUUCACAAUCGGUAUCAGUGAUCUUUAUAGUCGAAGGGAUGAUGUUGCGGAUGAUGGGAGCGAAGAUGACCAUAUAAGCGAACAUCUAUGCGUUUCCGACUUUUCGGAUCAUCUGCUAGCAGCUCAUAGCCGGAACUUUGCAUUCGCCGCAUAUUCCGCGCUUCGUAGUGUACCAAAGUAUGUCUUGAAGCCUUUCGGCAUGUCAGACUAUUCUAAAGUAACGGAGGUUCUCUCUUUCAUUGAGAUGGCAAGCAUUGUGGUACCAGGAGAAGCUCCAGGUGCCGGGGAGUCUUCCAAGCUUGUCCAAAUCGUCCAGUCUGUCUUGGAGCCGAUUCCAGACGACGAUCAUUGCUUCUUCUACAAAGGCAGUGAUUGCAAUUUUCUCGAUUAUUCGAUGACUAACGACGACAACCAGUCUGAGGCUUCAGUCGGUCCUGGUAGCGUCGGCACCGCCUCGUCAAAUGAGUUAUCAACAAAUACAAGUGAGAGCGACACAAUAGCGACCGCGGUGAAGCAACAACCAGGACGGGAUGACAAUUCGAUAGACAGCUCACAGCCUGAGCUACCAUCUCGAUCUUUGGGUACGCCAAUAUUUGUACGCCUGCAAGUCGAUGGCGUGGCUUUAUCCCUGUGGAACCUUUCGACCGUAAAAACCAGCACAACGCUCACUGUUCAGCUGUCGUUUUUCAAAAACCCAGAUGAUCAAAAUAUCUCUGGCUUCGGAGAUCUUUCUACUACUCACUCAAACGUAGCGUUGGAGCUGAAGACGCUAUUCAACGCUUACGUCUCCGAGCGAACACUUGAAAGACUCUUGUAUCGAGGGGCUCUUUUGAAAGAUCAGGACAUAAGGCUAGCAAAGGAAUGUCUUCGAAAAGCUCGAAAUGUCAAUAUUCUAACUCUUGACGUCUUUUUUUACUCGGGGAAAAUUGACUCCAUGGUUUCAGCACCGACCUCAUUGUUAGCUGGCUCGACGCUAGAUGAGGGUGCCCGGUUGUUGAAUGAGGAUCUGCGAGCAAACUCGAUCUUGAAGGUAAAGGCUACGAGCGUUGGCAGCUUAGUUGUAUUUGAAACGGAAAGGGGAUGUGAUGUUUUUAAGUAUUGGUGCUUCUUGAAGAUUCGCGCUUCUCGAGGAAUCGUCGACGUUGAGUUGUAUCACCCAUCUGGAUUGGAAGAGAGCGAAAAAGUCAUGAAAAAUGUUCAGGAAUUGAUCAAUACCUGCUGCUUCCGUGUCAAUCAACGGCUAUUGCUCCGGCACCUGCAUUCAAGCAGGACUGCUAGUGAGCUGUUAAUUCCUUCUGACAAUCCUGUUAAGCCAAAGCCCGAAAUUUUUGAAAACGGUCAACGAGCUCCCUUCGCUCCAGGACUGCUGCAGUGUCCCGUGGUUUUCACGCACACUUUUGACUUAUUCCACCGUUGUGCGACGAACCCCCUCCAAGUCGCAAGAACUUUAGAGUCAACGGUGCUUCACAUAUUCGCUCUAUCAAACCGUAUACAUGUAUUUGUGUACAAAGAUGAGGCCGGGGCGAUUUUUUACAUGAACUUGUUGACUGAGGGAGGGGGAAUUGAAGGAAACGGUACCAUUCAACUGAUUGUUCGAGGGGUUCACCAUCCCGGUCCUUCGGUGACAGAACAGUUAACAACACUGCUCAGGAAGAAGCUCAUGACAAUUGGAGCGGAGAUGCUCUCUUCAGUUCUGGUCAAAAACCCCGAAUACUUUUGGCGAGGCCACGAUUUGAGCUUCGUACGCUCCUUUCGACGUGAGUGGGAAGUCUUGGACGCUCCUUCGGUGCCUCAUAGCAGCAAUGAUAGAGUAUACAGAAUCCCAAAUUGUAUUACAGAUCCUGGAAUGGUUCUUCUUUUUUUUCGCCAAAAUCUCUGCGGGUCGACCUACUUUCAUCCACUAAAGAGUCAAGAGUGGGCGUCUUUCCUGAAGGACUCGUCAGAAAGCAAUAAUGCUUCCGAAAAGAAUUCUUCAUCGACGGAAUUUGUCUUUUUCUAUAACAAUGCUCCCUCGAAACUUGAUCCGAAAUUCCAGGGUCUGAGUACGCUAACUGUAAAAGGAGCUGAGCUAUCUAGAAAGAUGGGUUCCGGGGUGGCGAUCGUGCAGGUCUCAUUGGUUGACAAAAGUGGGAACGAGAUCAGAGAAAUUACUUUUCUGGAUCCGCCCGAUAGCGUCACAAGCUUUUCUAUAAUACGGACUGACUCGGCUCGUGUCAGCUGUGUAGACUCGCCGCUGGACACGUCUUUUAAUGAAAUGAUUCCCGAUUUCUCAUUGAUCGUUCGUAUCUGUCCAACAGAGCUAAGGUGUGAUGUCCUUCAUGAGUGGAUUCUAUUGACAUUUAAUCAAGCCGCUACCGCAUGGGGGAUUGAGAAGCAUCUUGACAAGAGUGUUCACAGAGUAGGGCGUGACCCACCUUCGAAUGACAGAACAUUGAUCGAAUCUUCUUCGAGAGAGACCUUAGGCUUGAGUCUAUCUGAGAUUGAGAAAGCAAAUGCAUUAGAAAGGCUUUAUCCUGGACUACCGGCACUGUCGUCCCUGCUUCAAGCUUCCCUUACAUUGCCCCAUCCCGCUGUACUGCAAGCCGAGCACAAUGGUGUCAUUCGAUCUUCCUUUGUUGCAGAUGUCGCUCUAGAUCUUCUUGAGAACACGCUGUUGGAUCAUCUUCGAAACGAGCUUAAGCAGGGCAUUCCGUUUGACUUUGAAUCCGAUCUACAUGUUAUUCGUUUGUCGCGUACAGAUUUGCCACAACGUGUAAGCCUCAGCUGGGACUCGGGAAAGAAAUCCAGUGUGAGACUUUACACAUCAGAAGGCAGAGGGAUGAGGAUCAGAGAUGCUCCUAUUGAUUGUCCCGAAUACUUGUGCAUCUACUGCUUUCCUGAGGGGCAACGGAGACCAGACACCUUCUCGUCGCUGAAGCUGUCGGAACAGGUUGUUGUGGGAGAUGAGACGACGGAUUCAGACAGCUAUCUCUCUUCGGUUCAAACGCUUAAGGAGAUUCAUGCCCCUGCGUUUCGACGAUCUUUUGCAUUUAUUUUUUCUGUAAAACGAAAUCGGCGGUAUCUGCUAGCUUACAACUGGAAUCCACAUGUGUUUCGAGUAGUCGCAAGUCAGCUGAAAGCGAAGGACUUGGCUUUCCUUUUGUCCACUGAUCGAUCUGUGGCCUCACUCCAGCUUCGCUCACUGAAGUAUCUCUCACCGUGUUUCGACAAUUUCCACGACACAUACGAAACAAGGAACAAUCUGCCUACCUUACAGUUAUCUACCAUUGCUACGAAAGCAGAUCAAAAAAGAGUACCCGUCAAUACAAAAGACAGAUUUGUUGCAACAGAACAUCCAAAAGCUGAAAAGGAGGCUCUACGCAAGCCGCCUCGUCGUGCGGUACGGCCUAUUUCUAUUCGGCGGCCAAAUUUAAUUGGACGGUCUAUGGAUGGUGCUGCAGUCCAUGCAGUUGCGGCUUCUAGAGCACGCGCCAGCUCUAAUCAUUUUCGUGGCAAUCCCGGAGGAAGCGGCAUUGCCGGGAAGGUCGCGUUUCCAAAGGCGACGCCCGAUGAUCAAAGUAACAGCAAGUUACCAAGAGGCAGUAGCACUGUCAGAAGCCUGGGUGAAAAAGCGACUGCUGUAAGUUCCAUGGGCACAGCCCGUGAUCCUCCCAGAGAAAAUGUUGGUUUACGAUCAGAAAUGGAUUUACAUUUAACGCAAGCCAAAGGACGGCAUCGCAAACACAUGGUGCAUACAGAAACUCUUCGAUUGAGAGUUUUUGAUUCUUGGCAUGAAAGCGCAUCAGGACUGUCCUGUUCUUUGAUCGACUCGAUUUUGUCGGAAAGUAUAGCCGCUUGGAACAACGCAUCGGAGGCUUCUUUCCUCCCUGAUACCCUUGAGCAUUCCUUUGUCGAAAGUUUUGUACAACAAAUUUCCGGAUCGAGCCCUACUUUCAAGGUAGCCAAAGUGGUAGGCACCGGAAAUGAUUCAUCAGUCUAUCUCGUUGGUGAGACCAAGAGCGUUCGUGGCUGCAAGCUUUUUACCGCAAUAAGAUUAUCUUUCGCAUCUGAGGUCAUUGAUGGCAUGAAAAUGAAGAUUGUUAGAUGCGACUCUUGGGUCCUUUCGCUACCACGCAAAGAGAGCUUGAUCACUCGGAGGAGCGAUCGCCACAACUACCAGUCUCGAUUGCUCAGCGAACGCGAUUCUACUGGCGCCGACGUGCUUUCAGUGAUUGGAAAAGCCGCAUUUUCGUUAGAAUCUAUCGUCCUCGACUUUCUGGCUUUGGUAGCAAAGAACAGCGUGAAGAAAGCAGUCCAACCAAUGUAUAAAAGAGGCGUUUUAGAUGUUUUAAAGCGCGUCACAACACGGUACGAGCUGAAACAGCAAGUCAAGAUGCAGCAUCUGAACUACAAUAUUUUUAAAGCCAGUGUCGUUUUAAAGUCGUACGGUGACCGAAUGAUUAACAUGUUUGACGCCCCAUCGCUUUUCAAGUGGUUAAUGCAGAACGCUGCCUCUCAGCGGCUCCUCCCAAGUGGACCAACUGGUCUUUGUUUGGACACCGAAAUUCAAGUCCAAGACACAAUCACCACGUGUUUCAUUACUUAUGACCUUGGAAUCAAAGGAAGCGUGGAUCUCAUCCUUCUUUGUCGAAGAAAUAAUUCAAAAAUUGCUAGUUCUGUUGCCGACAACAUUGCCAUCGAAUGCGCUGGUUUGAUUUUUGAUCUCUUGCAAAGUGCCGCUCGAUGCUUGUACAGAGACGAUUUGUGGGGACGCUUUUCAAGCCCGACGCAGAACCUGUCGCGAAUGGCAUCAUCGUCGGAUGACAUCGUUGAGCUCCUUGGGCUAUGUACAGCUACUCCUGUCGGAGACAUCUUAAUGAAAGGAGACUCAGCACAGGUCACUUUAAUUUUCGAGGAAUUCCAUAAUCAUUGGAGUGCGCUCUGUUAUCACAUGGAACGGGACUCAGCCUUUUUACCUUCGUGGAAGCUCUGCAACGAUCGCCAGAUAUUUUACUGUGUCAGCGAGAAGGUUUUUUUCCUCGUUGACUCAAAUGUAGGGGUAAGAAAUGGUUGUUUCGGGAUCCAUCUCAUCGAAAGGGAUACGAGCAAGGACAUUUCUGUAGAAGGGCGGCGAGCGACUCAGAAACUGAUUAAUUUCGUGCUUCAUUUUGGGUGGCAAAUUGUCAUCUGA